UGUGUCAGCUCCGCGGGGGUUUGGUGAAGCCGCGGCGGAAAGAGCGCGGCGCCAGCUCUCUUUUCCACCGCAGCCCCCCGCUUCUCCUGGUGUGCCGCACCCCACUAUGGAGAAGUUGGUUCCUAAGCCGGAGCACCAGCGGCCUCACUAGGGGUGCGGCCUGAGGCUCGGAGAAGUGGGAUGUAAAACGAAGAUCAGGAACCGAUUUGAAGAAAUGCAGAGUGAAUUGGUGCCAGUCAGCAUGUCAGAGACAGAGCACGUAGCCUCUGAUAAAAAUACUGGGAAAACAUCUGAACUAAAGGAAGACUCAUGCAACUCGUUUUCUGGGGAUGAAAGCAGCAGCUUAGAAAAUGAGUCCAAACUAUUGUUGUUAAACUUUGAUAAAACUUCAUGUCAGCCUAAUGAACACAAUAAUCAAGUUGAAGCACAGGAAAAUUAUAUGCCAGAUCAUGGUGGAGGUGAGGAUUCUUGUGCUAACACAGACGUAUGCCCAGAAAAUUCUGAACAAGUAGCUAAUUUUCCUGAUGGAGAUUUUACAAAGCAAGUUUUGAAAACAAAUGAAACCGAACAGACAGUAAGUCAAAUAUUGGCUGAAUUGAGGUCAUCUACAUUUACAGAAGCAGCUAGUCAAAAGACAUAUUCAGAAAGUCCCUAUGAUACAGACUGCACCAAGAAACUUAUUUCAAAAAUAAAGAAUGUUUCAGCCUCAGAAGAUUUGUUAGAAGAAAUAGAAUCUGAGCUCUUAUCUACGGAUUUUGCAGAACACCGAGUACCAAAUGGGAUGAAUAAGGGAGAGCAUGCAUUAAUUAUGUUUGAAAAGUGUGUGCAAGAUAAGUAUUUGCAGCAGGAGCAUACCAUAAAGAAGUUAAUUAAAGAAAAUAAGAAGCAUCAGGAACUCAUCCUAGACAUAUGUUCAGAAAAAGACACUUUAAGAGAAGAACUAAAAAAAAGAACAGAAACAGAGAAGCAGCAUAUGAACACAAUCAAACAGUUAGAAUCAAGAAUAGAGGAACUUAAUAAAGAAAUUAAAGCUGCCAAAGAUAAACUAACAGCUCAAGAUACUGCAGCUAAAAAUGCAGUUCAGCAGUUGCACAAAGAAAUGGCCCAUCGGAUGGAACAGGCCAAUAAGAAAUGUGAAGAGGCUCGCCAGGAAAAAGAAGCAAUGGUAAUGAAGUAUGUAAGAGGUGAGAAAGAAUCUUUAGACCUUCGAAAGGAAAAAGAGAUACUUGAGAGAAAACUUAGAGAUGCAAAUAAAGAAUCUGAGAAAAACACUAACAAAAUUAAGCUGCUGGGUCAGGAGAAAGCACGGUUGCACCAGCUAUAUGAAGCAAAGGAAGGUGAAGCUACUAGACUCAUCAGAGAAAUAGACAAAUUAAAGGAAGAUAUCAACUCUCACAUCAUUAAAGUAAAAUGGGCACAAAACAAAUUAAAAGUGGAAAUGGAUUCACACAAGGAAACCAAAGAUAAACUUAAAGAGACAACAACAAAGUUAACCCAGGCUAAGGAAGAAGCAGAUCAAAUACGAAAAAAUUGUCAGGAUAUGAUAAAAACAUACCAGGAGUCAGAAGAAAUUAAAUCAAAUGAGCUUGAUGCCAAGCUUAGAGUCACAAAAGGAGAGCUUGAAAAACAAAUGCAAGAAAAAUCUGACCAGCUAGAGAUGCAUCAUGCCAAAAUAAAGGAACUAGAAGAUCUGAAGAGGACAUUUAAGGAGGGCAUGGAUGAGCUACGAACACUGAGAACAAAGGUGAAAUGUCUAGAAGAUGAACGAUUAAGAACAGAAGAUGAAUUAUCAAAAUAUAAGGAAAUUAUUAAUCGCCAAAAAGCUGAAAUUCAGAACUUACUGGACAAAAUGAAAAUUGCAGAUCAGAUACAGGAGCAACAUCAAAGAGGUAAACAAGAAAUUGAAAAUUUGAAGGAAGAAGUGGCAAGUCUUAAUUCUUUGAUUAAUGACCUGCAAAAAGACAUCGAAGGCAGUAGGAAAAGAGAAUCUGAGCUACUGCUGUUUACAGAAAAGCUCACUAGUAAGAAUGCACAACUUCAGUCCGAAUCCAAUUCUUUACAGUCACAGUGCGAUAAACUUUCCUGUAGUGAAAGUCAGUUACAAAGCCACUGUGAACAAAUGAAACAGACAAAUACGAAUUUGGAAAGUAGAUUGUUGAAAGAGGAGGAACUGCGAAAAGAGGAGGUCCAAACUCUGCAAGGUGAACUCGCUUGUAAACAAACAGAAGUUAAAGCACUGAGUACCCAGGUCGAAGAAUUAAAAGACGAAUUAGUAACUCAAAGACGUAAGCAUGCCUCUAGUGUCAAGGAUCUUACCAAACAACUCCAGCAAGCACGAAGAAAGUUAGAUCAGAUCGAGAAUGGAAGCUAUGAUAAAGAAGUCAGCAGCAUGGGAAGUCGUUCUAGUUCAUCAGGGUCCAUCAAUGUUCGAAGCAGUGCAGAAGAUCGAUCUCCAGAAAAUACCGGGUCGACAGUUGCUGUGGAUAACUUUCCAGAAGUAGACAAGGCUAUGUUGAUUGAGAGAAUAGUGAGGCUGCAAAAAGCACAUGCCCGGAAACAUGAAAAGAUAGAAUUUAUGGAGGAUCACAUCAAACAAUUGGUGGAAGAAAUUAGAAAAAAAACGAAAAUAAUUCAGAGUUACAUUUUACGGGAAGAGUCAGGCACCCUUUCUUCAGAGGCAUCUGAUUUUAACAAAGUCCACUUGAGUAGACGGGGUGGCAUCAUGGCCUCUUUAUACACGUCACAUCCAGCCGAUAGUGGAUUAACACUGGAACUCUCUUUGGAGAUCAACCGAAAAUUACAGGCGGUUUUGGAAGACACGUUACUAAAAAAUAUUACUUUGAAGGAAAAUCUGCAAACACUUGGAACAGAAAUAGAACGACUUAUUAAACACCAGCAUGAACUAGAACAGAGGACGAAGAAAACCUAACACAAACUGCUACUCAGUAAAGAGACAAAAACCACACAAGGAGCAGUAAUUUAUCAGAAUAAAGAAAAUAAGAGGGUAAGUGCAAUCAAAUCUGAAUUAUUUUCACAUUUGCUUCUAGACAUACCUUUGAUACUCCCAAAGACUAGAGUAGCCAAUGUAACUAAAUUUUUCAGCUUCUUACGUGAUAUAGAUUCAAACACUACAAUGUUUUGUUGUUUUUUUCCUCCUAAGAUGCAAAAUGUAUUAAUGGAAACCAAAUAGUGAUCAAAUCUGGUGUCCUAUGUCUAUACACUUUUUAAAAAGGUAUACACAUUUAUUACAUACAAAAUUGAAACAUUCCGGUAUUGACAUUAGUGUCAGCAUUCAUUUGGAGAAGUUUAAUUUUGAAACAAUUAUAGAAGAAAGCUAUGGUAAACCAUAUUUUGACUUAUUGUUACCCCUGCCCCUUACAAAGAAAUAUAAGAAACUGUGGAAAACGUUUGAAGAAAUACAUUAUUUUCUUUUUGUUCUUUAGUUUCUACUGUACCCUUUUUAUAUGGAUCAGGACUGAGCAAAAUGUAUAAAGAUGUGCAUAUAUCAGAUUACUGUCUCUACACUGAUUCACAAACAGCUCCUGAUUUAAGGAGUUAGAGGGUCUUCUACCCUUACUGUGUUGAAUAUAUGGAGAGAAGAAUGGGGUAUCCAGAUAAGGAAAAUGGUUUGGAUAAAUCUCAGAUCUGGGGGGAAAUUUUUUUAUGUGUUCAUUAUGAGUUAUACACAUCAAAGGCUGUUUUUGUUAGUGCUAGUUUGGUUUCUUUGAGCAGGAAAUGAUUGUGUGAAUGUGUGUGUAUUUGUGUACACUUCCCCAGGUUUCAGUUUUAAAGUGAAUGCUUACUGUGACUCCUUUUUCCCAUGCCCCUUCAAACUUUAGCCUGUUAAGUUUUAAGGAUUGAAAGUAGUGGGUUUGAGCAGCAUAAUGAGUUUGAGCUGUGGUGUUUUCUUUUUAAAUUUCUUCAUCAUGAUUUUAAAUGAUUUAUCUUCAAAUUAAAUUUUAUCAGGUUACCAACAUGUUAUUUAUUCAUUUAAUAAACACAUUUCUUGAAAACCUAUUAUUGCCAGGCACCAUACCGGGUACUGUGAUUAUCUUAGUGAACAGGCCAGACAGAGCAGUUGCUGCCCUUGGAGCUUAUGGUCUAGUGAAAAUAUCCGGAGGAAGUAGGGGCAGCCCUCUGAGCCUCUGCAGCGCACAGCCAGCCUGUGGGAAGAGGGUUAGUCCACCUGCAUAAGAAGGCAGCCCAGAAAUCUCACUCUGGCAUGCAUCUCUGGGAAAUGAAUCCUGAGGUACGCUGAGAUCAGACUACUGUUUUCUUGGUAGUUACACACAUUUCCAUACUUCUCUCACAGUUUGAUGUUUAAUUAUUCCUUAAGAAAAAGGAAAAAAAAUCCAAAGACCACAAAAUGGCAUUCAGUUUUUGCCAUUUUAGUAAAUUAUUAAUUCCUACUUGAUGCUCGUAAAGAUGAUCUAAUCAUGCUGUCACGUGUGUUUCCAAACUGUUUUGCUGUAUAUUAUUUUCUAAAGAUUUUUACAUACAAAUUUAGACCAAUAUUUACCAGUAGAAGAAAACAAAUUUAAUAUUGUAAAUGUUAUAUAUGCUGCCCUGGUGAAAAUAUUUUUAUCAAUCAUGUUGUUGUUCAAUAUGGUUAAUUUGCCUUAUGAAUGUUAACUCCAGUAGCUUAUUUUUCAAUAAUUUUUUUAUUUUAAAACAAAACAAUUCUUUUUUGACACUAAGAUUAUUCAUUUUUAAUACCAGUUGGUGGCACUAGAAACCGAAAAAUUUUUCAAAACUGGACAAAAGAAAAUAAUUGGAAAAAUCUCCAAACAUCAAGAAUUUUCAGGAAAAUAUAUGAAAAAUAUAAUUGUAUAUUAAAGUUAUAUUUUUCUCCUGGACUGGAAUCUUUUUUUAAAAUGCAAUAUGGCUGUCCAUUUACACUAUGAUGAUGAAACUUGUUUAUCUUCCAAAGUUCAUACAUAUAUAUAGGUAUAUAUACGCGUGCAUUGUACAGAUAAUCUCUAAUUUGAUUA